AUGUACGCUUCUGUAAUCUUUUACACUCUCGUCGCCCUUACCGGCAUCAUGGCAUCUCCGGUUCAGGAGCCCGAGGCUGAAGGACACGCCUUUAAGCGAUCCCUUGAGCCUCGCCUGCCUACCUUCGCGGACAUCCCGUUCCCAAAGUUCCCGGCUCGCAACCCUCACCACGACCCCAAGGGCAACAACAACAAGGGCAAAGGUGGCAAGGACAGCUGUCCUAGCGGUGGCUCAAGCAGCCAGGCCAAUGCCUGCUCUUCAGGCAGCCCAUACUGCUGCAGCAGCAACGGCAAGGGUGGCCAUGAAUGUUCAAACACCACUGCUUGCGAUACGACCAUUAUUUGCUGCAACAACAACAACGGCUUCCAAAUCUGCAUCGGUGAUAUUGACUUCAACGUGCCCAUCACCAUCAACAUCUACGAGUAG